UUUUAAAGGAUAAUAUAGGAGUGAAACAUGUUGGAACGUACAAAACGUAAAUUGUGAUGUCUUUAAAAUACUAAAGCACAAGAAAAGGAUAACUUGAAGACAAAAUAACCAUCCUUAUGGAAUCCUCAAAUUCUAAAGUGGUGGAGCUGCCUCGGAAACUAUCUCAUGGAGUUUCUAGGACUCGAAGGAAGUUGAGCAUUCCGGUACUUUCGACACAAGGAGCACCACCAACUGCUGAUCCACAAGCAGCUUUUAGACGAAGGUUUAGUAAUGUGGGGGACGUAGUUUCCAGAAAACUUUCAACUACAAUUGGUUGGAGGUCAAACGUUAAUGCCGCACCCCCUAAAGAAAUCAUAGCCGUUGGCAGAGCCCUUUGUACUUUGUACGUAAGAACGAGACUAAAGAAAGCCGGAUUGUUUAACAAGAAAUUAGGACUGACAAGAGUAAGAAGCGCUGUGGGAUCAUUGGAGGGAUGCAGCAGUAUAGUCAGAGAAGUAUUUCCAGGUUUAGCAUGUGCGGGGCAAGAAUUAGAAAGAAUGCACCCGAAGUUGUAUACGAAGAUAUUUAGACAUACAGGUCCACCAUCAGCUGAUGGUAAUGCUGGAUUACUCUUGGCCAUAGGACAUCACAUUUUAAGGACUGAAAUUACCUGGGGCAAGGUAGUAGCAGUAUUUUGUAUAGCAGGCGGUUUAGCUGUUGACAAUGUUAGACAAGGACAAAAUGAUCAAUUACAUGUCAUUUUGGAAGAUAUGACUGAAUUACUAGAAGAUAAUAUGGCGUAUUGGGUAAAUGCAAAUGGAGGCUGGACAGGACUAAAUGCCCAUUGCCGUCUUAAAAACCAAGAAGUGUCAGUGUCAGAAUACGUUACCUUAUUUGGAUUUGUUAGUGUUAUUCUGCUAGUCGUUUAUUUUGUUGUUAGAUUUUGUAUCAAGUUUAGUGGAUAGGGUGUGGACCAGAAAUGCCAAACUAAAUUAUGUACUUAGUAAUUUAGUAUUACGCCUUAAUUAGUAUUUUUAAAUUAUAUUUAAGAUAUUUUACAUUUACUGUAUAGUUUAUCAUGCAUUACUUUAUUAUAAAUUUAUAAUUGAUAUAUCCUGGCGAAUUCAUCUAUUUCUAAAUAAAUUUUAUACAUUAAAAUAAAAUAUAUUUUUUAAGUGUUUGACAAGAUCAAAUAACGAAAUCAGAAUAUUUUGAAUGUAAAUAUGCCAAAGAUGGUAUGCCUUCUCUCGUUUUGUC